CGAGAAAUGGCGACUCCAUGAUCCUGUCGUCUAGGGGUGACUUCGCUGGACACUACAACGUUGUCGUGGAGUUCGGAUUUUUCCGGAUAUUGGCACAUAACUUCGAAAGUUUACUCUUGAAGUGGUUGUGUCCCCUAAAGCGGCAAUGGCUGCAAAUAUGUAUCGAGUUGGAGAUUAUGUGUUUUUCGAAACCUCUUCAACGACACCGUAUCAAAUCAGACGGAUUGAAGAGCUUAAUAAGACCCCAAAUGGCAAUGUGGAAGCAAAAGUUAUGUGUUUUUACCGGAGGAGGGACAUUUCAAGCUCUCUUACGUUACUUGCGGACAAACAUCAAAGUUCUGGAGAGGGUAAAUUGAGAGCAUCUGACACUCUGACCACUCUAGAUGAUACAGAGCUUGAGGCUCGGGUAGAUGAUAUAACAGACAAACAGAAGCACCAGCUGAAGCAUAGAGAGCUGUUCCUGUCACGCCAGGUCGAAACCCUACCAGCCACACAUAUACGUGGCAAGUGUGUGGUGACACUACUGAACGAGACAGAGUCCCUCCUCUCCUACCUUAACAAGGAGGACACUUUCUUUUACUCACUGGUGUAUGAUCCAUCACAAAGAACACUCCUUGCAGACAAAGGUGAAAUCAGAGUUGGUGGCCGAUACCAGGCUGAUAUCACAGAACUGCUCAAGAAUGCCAAAGAAGAAGAUGGCCGUAAAAUGGAGGAGCUAGAGGAACUUAUAUGGGAUCCAAACAAUGUUUUAAAUGACCGACAAAUUGAUCAAUUCUUAAUAGUAUCAAGAUCUGUAGGUACAUUUGCCCGUGCUUUGGACUGUACAAGUACUGUAAGGCAACCUAGUCUGCAUAUGAGUGCUGCUGCAGCAUCAAGGGACAUCACUCUGUUCCACGCUAUGGACACACUACACAAAGCACGCUAUGAGAUUGCCAAAGCUGUGACAAGCAUGGUUCCGUCUGGUGGCCCAGUGCUGUGUCGGGAUGAAAUGGAGGAGUGGUCUGCAUCAGAAGCCAAUCUCUUUGAGGAAGCUUUGGACAAAUAUGGAAAAGAUUUUAAUGAUAUUAGGCAAGACUUUUUGCCAUGGAAAUCUUUGAAAAGUAUUGUAGAGUAUUACUACAUGUGGAAAACAACAGACAGAUAUGUACAACAGAAAAGAAUAAAAGCAGCAGAAGCAGAAAGCAAAUUAAAACAGGUGUACAUUCCUAACUACAAUAAGCCCAACCCGGCAGCCAUCAGUGGGAAAAUGAAUGGUGAAGAUGGUCAGGUAUCUGGACGAGCUUGUGAAAGCUGCUAUGCUGGUCACUCCAGUCAGUGGUACUCAUGGGGCCCUGCACAUAUGCAGUGUAGGCUUUGUUCAACCUGUUGGAUAUACUGGAAAAAGUAUGGAGGACUCAAAAUGCCCACACGAUUAGAUGGUGAAAGACCAGCACCUACACAGCGUCAAGAGCGUAUUGCACAAUUCAACAUGAUAAGGAUGCACCGAUGUACAAUAGCGGGAUGUGGUAAGGAGUUCCGCCUGAAGGCACACUUGGCACGACAUUUAGCUACAGCACAUGGUCUUGUGGUGAGCGCAGGCAGUCCACGACCUGUGAUGAAAACGAGGGCAGCAUUCUGUCUCAUCACUACAUCUUUGACCAGAAUCUCGCGGCGACUUUGUCGGGAUAUUCUACGAUCACGUCGAGCAGCCAGGUCACCAUUCACACCCAUCAACAUAGCAGCUAUCAAACAAGAAUGUCAAUUACGACUUGCAGAGGUUGGUAACUAUGAGCCUAAUAUUGAACCAAGAAAGCCAGCAACUUUGGAUCCAGUUGUGGCAAGACUUGGUAUUAACAUCAAAAUGGAAAAGCCAGCACUAUUGCAUAAAUCGGACUCGGAUCACAGUAAACCACUCAAGUUGUUCUUCCCAGUGUCAUUAUCUCAACCAAAACCUGUAGAACCUAAAGCUGUGGACACAGAACCCUCCUCAAUGGUGAUCAGUGGUUCACCGUCAAUCAUGAAGAAGAGAGGAUAUGAACAGAGUAAUGGUAUAGAUGGACCACCGUCCAAGCGGCCGUCCAUGGGAGUCAUCCGUCAGAUCGGCUCAGCUAUGAGGUCGCACAAUAUGAGGGGUAGUGUACUGAACCACAAUAUGAAUGGGCGUGGCAAGAUGCCAGUGUCAAAAGGAAUGAAGAUGCACAUGAUAAACUGGAUAGAUGCUCCCGAUGAUGUAUACUUUGUGGCUACUGACGCCACCAGGAAAAUAAGGAAGCAAUGGAGCUCACAAGAUUUCAAAAGAACAGCACGAAAUCCCUGGAAAAACAUGCUGAUCAAGCCAGCAAUGGGCGGGGCUGAAUCGGAUAUUGUGGUCCUUGACUAAAAUCUAGUCACCUGUUGUGUCAUUGUGGAGCCUCUGUCAGAGGUGAGAGGACACCUGUUCUCCACAUAGUGCUCAAAUGGUAGACUGAUGUAAGAUUUAACUUCUUGGAGAGAACUUUAAAAAUAUGAAAGAACUAAUUUUGAUGUAAUAGGUAUUUUUUCACAAGCCUGAGAUGUGAAAAAGCACAGUUGUAACAAUAAUUAUGUAUGUCGGAAUCGUCCUAAGGCCGGUCCGUGUCUGAAUAAUACUCCUGGCACCAUGGUUGUAUGUUAGCUGGAUGUGCUGAGAUCGAACAGGGGAGGAUUUGGUGUCACUAGGGUCCAAGUGGCCAGCAACCAUCUCCAUGGGGAAGGAAUAUACAUGGGGAUUAGGCCCAAUGAGAGACAAAAUAUCUAUUGUGGAUUGGAAUACUUCCUAUAUAGUGUUUUGGGGGUUGGUUCAACACAGCUGUCUGUUGAGUGUGUGUGUGUGUUUGGUUUUAACAGCUGGUGCUGUCAACAAUUGUCAUAUAAAAAUAACAUUCAGUUUGAUAAUUACUGCAUACUUUUGUGUUCAUCUUUGAUCAGAUCUCUCUAAAGCUAUUUAAUGAAAAUGGUUUUAAUUAGCAGGGAGUGAUACUUGUAGUCACAAGGGCAGUUUUCUUUGUUUUCUAACCAAAAUGGAUGUUUAAGUUGCGAUGAAAUGCCUAUGAGACUACAGGGCUAUCCAUGAUAACCCCACUCAUCUCUCUGAAAAACAUUUCGCUAAAUAAUUGUGUACAUGUUUGCAUUAUUCAAUGCAGUACGUUAAGAAUUGUGCUAGACUUCGCUGAGAUUUGAGAGUUAGCAUUGUUCCUUUGGUCAAUAGAUGUGAGAGUGUUAAUCUGUGGCAGCUGAGACAGAUCUGUGAUCUGCUGAGUGUACCAGCCAUACAUGUUGCCCGUUUGUACAGUUUAUUGUUAAAAUAUGAAUGGAGAAUGAGAGGAACAAUAGUAGUAUUUAUGUGUAGACCGAGGGAUCGCUUAUACAACAAAGUCACCUGUCAUUAUUUUUGUAUGUUACAUAGUACUAAAUCUUUAGUACUUGUAAAUAGUUAUAUCACCACUCCAUCCCAGAUUUGUUUCUUAAGUCUCACAACUCUAAUGAUACUGAAAUAGAGUUCUGUUCUCACAAUGCUUGACCAUAUAGGAUACAGAGGUUUGUUUGGCAUUUAGCAGGAAAUUUGCAUUGUUUAAUGUAUAUAAGAUUGGGGAAAUCCUUCUAAAUGCUGUAUGCUAUAGAUGUGUUUGAUGGUGACAGCACAGACAACAUGUAGUUCAUUUUUAUCUUGUUCCUUGCAUAAAGAUAAGUUUAUAAUGCUAAAAUAUUCUAAUUAAAGGGUCCAAUUUCAAGAGAAACAUUUCAACAGCUGGAUUUGUUGUACUUUGUUUACUGACCUGUAUGAAAGGAAGGUAACUGUCCAGUUUGAAACCUAUUUGUGCGCAAUGAAAGAGAUCUGGAUUAAUUUUUUGCCCUAGCAGUGCCAUGUCAGGAAUCUGGGUCUGGGUUUAGUGGAAUACAUUCGCAUAUUCAUCUUCUAUGUUUUUUCUCAUUUAAUACUAAUUCUUCGAACCAUCUGGAGUUUUGGUUAAGUGACAUUCAGCAAUUUGGUGCAUUUUCUGUAAGAUUUCUAGUUUUGGAUUUAGACAAAAAAUAAAAUGAUUGUUGAUUGUCUAGGAUUUCUGGUUGGAAUUCCAAAUGAUGAAGUGAAAUUAAAUUAUCAUAAAACUUGAUCAGGUCUGUAAGCAUCAAUUUUCCUUUGUGUACAAUCUUAGCCAUGUGUUACAUUUAACAAUUAAAAUCAAAUUGUAUAUAGACAAGAUUUAAAUUUGUUUCAGCAUAGUAUUAUUGGUAAGAUUUUUAUACGUUUCUGGUAACAGAUAAAAUAUUAGAUAUUUUGUCCGCUGGUCAUCAUAUCCUGACUUUGUACAACUUAAUUUAUUCAAUUGUAUUCAUACCAUCUUCUGUUUUUGAAUUACAAAACCAUCGAAUCAUAAUAAAA